CCUGAACCCUCUUUCCCCCUCAGGUUCCCCAGCGAUGGCUUCCUGCUGCUGGCUCUGCUGCUCUAUGCGCCCGUGGGACUCUGUCUGCUCCUCCUGCGCCUGUUCAUCGGCGUCCACGUCUUCCUGGUCAGUUGUGCUCUGCCAGACAGUCUGCUCCGCAGGUUUAUCGUGCGUGUGAUGUGCUCGGUGUUGGGUCUGUUUGUGCGGCAAAGUGACCCCAAUCUCCGGGAUGCCAGCAUCAGGGUUUAUAUUGCCAACCAUGUGACUUACUUCGACCACAGUGUCAUCAACCUGCUGACCCCAUGCAAUACCCCUGCUUUGAAUGGCACACCAGGUUUCAUCUGUUGGUCACGGGGAUUCAUGGAGCUGGGGGCAGUAGGGAGCCGGGCAGAGCUGGUGGAUUCCCUGAAGAUGUAUUCUUCCCAUCGGGGGAAUCCACCUCUGCUGCUGUUCCCGGAGGAGGCAGCCACUAAUGGCCGAGUUGGCCUUCUUCGCUUCAGCUCCUGGCCAUUCUCAAUUCUGGAUGUGAUUCAACCAGUGGCCCUGCAAGUUCAGAGGCCCUUAAUUGCCGUGGUGAGUCUAGAGGUGUGGGGCAAAGAUCCUGUAUCCCAUGAUGGGCCUGUACAGCUUGGGGCGGAGGGCGGGGGAGGUCAUAGCUAGAGCAUUAAUAUUGCUGUUACUUUGUGCCUUGUGGUCUACUGCUCUGCUUUGGGGUUCUUUCCUGCCAUCUCACACUCACUUCUCGGCUUCCUCCCAUGGCACUUCACUGACGUUGUCUUUGCCUCUCUCACAUCUCUUAUGUUCCAGUGGUAAUAUUAGUAACGAUUGGCCUGUCUAGGCAAGGCCUUUUUUCUGGCUCCCGUCAUUAGUACUUUAGCAUCCUGCCAAUUUUAAUAUGCUUACUGUCAUAACACCCACAAGUUCAGGAAGUGCAGGAAGUUAUUCUCCGAGUCCAGGUCUAUACUACGGGAUGCAUUGAAUUUAAGAUGCACAACUACAGCUACGAGAAUCGCAUAGCUGGAGUCAAC